AUGGAUCGUUCAGCUUCAAAGAGCCAUCAGCCAGCUGAAGGCUCUGCACAUAUCUUCACCUGCACGCCCUACUCUGCACCAAAAAACCCCGACGAAACCGUUGGUGAGGAUAUACGCUGCCAAGUGCAGGGGGCUUUUGGCCACUUGCCUCUUCGGUUCAGGAUCACCCUUGCCACAGGCAAUCAGCCACUGAUGGUAUGCCUUCCCCGAGGCUUCUCGAUGGGAGCACCCUAGCAGGUACAGGGAGUAGUUGUGGGAUAUGUAGGCGCUUUUGACGCUCCAUCUGCUCUUGAGACUCAGCACCAAGCCCAAGGUGAACACAAGCCUAGACCAGAACAUUUGACGACGGGUAGCGCACAUCCGUCUC